CGCGGGCGGUGGGACCCAACUGAAACCCAGCCCGGGGCCGGCGGCCCCAGCCCGAGCCCCGGCGGACAAGGCGGACGCGAUCGCCUACCGCCCGAGAACUGUGAGGCAUUCUUCCCCCCCACCCCGCCCCCGGCAGAGUUGGAUCCCGCCGCGCCUUCCGGUGCGCCUUCCGGUUCGCCUCCCGAGGCAGGAAGUGCCGGCGUCGCCGCUGUUGCGCCCGCAGCUCCGCACUCGUAGCCGCCGCUCGUUUCCCUCAGGAAGUCCGGGUUCUGGUUCUGGUAUUUGGCCGCGAAUUAAACUGCCACCAUGUCGAGCAAAAAGGCAAAGACCAAGACCACCAAGAAGCGCCCCCAGCGCGCAACUUCCAAUGUGUUUGCCAUGUUUGACCAGUCGCAGAUUCAGGAGUUCAAGGAGGCCUUCAACAUGAUUGAUCAGAACAGAGAUGGUUUCAUCGACAAGGAAGACUUGCAUGACAUGCUUGCUUCUCUAGGGAAGAACCCAACCGACGCAUACCUUGAUGCCAUGAUGAACGAGGCUCCGGGGCCCAUUAACUUCACCAUGUUCCUCACCAUGUUUGGGGAGAAGUUAAAUGGCACAGACCCAGAAGAUGUCAUCAGAAACGCUUUUGCUUGCUUUGACGAAGAAGCAACUGGCACCAUUCAGGAGGACUACCUGAGGGAGCUGCUGACCACGAUGGGAGAUCGGUUCACAGAUGAGGAGGUGGACGAGCUGUACAGAGAAGCACCUAUUGACAAAAAGGGGAACUUCAAUUACAUCGAGUUCACCCGCAUCCUUAAGCAUGGAGCAAAAGACAAAGAUGACUGAAAAACUUUAGCUAAGACCUUCUAAUUACUUUGUGUUAUUCCGUUUUAUUUCCCAGACACUCCCCCCACCCCCUGUAGACCUGUUGCAUGUAACUUAGUUUCACAGCUUUGCCUCUUUUUUUGAUGUAUUUAUUCUAGACCUUUCUGCCACUUAGCACUUGUAUAAUCAGACUGCAAAUGGGGAUGAGGUUGUAAAUUGUAUUGCAAAAGCGAUUGCGAAUAAAAAUCAACAAAUGUGAAAGCCCAGGAAAAUAUAUCCGGUAUUUCUGGUUUUGCUGGAUUUUUACAUUUUUAUAUAAUAAAAAUGCUAUUUUGAAAUAAA